GAUCAUUUCUUCUCAGCACCCUGCCCAGCAAUGACUGAAUACACCAUAGAAAUAAUUGGAGGUUUGUCAGAGGCCAGACCUGCCACAUCAGAAAUCCAGGAGAUUGCUGACAAGGUCAGACCACUGCUUGAAGAGAAAACCAAUGAGAAAUAUGAAAAAUUCAAAGCCAUCGAGUAUAAAGUUCAAGUCGUCCAAGGACUAAAUUACUUCAUUAAGAUGAAUGUAGGACGUGGUUGCUACCUCCACAUAAACGUCUUAAGUGGUAUUUCCAGUGAAAACGAUUUGGAACUCACUGGUUAUCAGACUAACAAAGCAAAGAAUGAUGAGCUGACCUACUUCUAAACAGCAGAUUCCAACUUGACCUGAUCCCCUAACCCCCAUUGUAAAGAGAUGCGGCCAUCAAUAAAGAAGCAUUUUUGAAAU